UUUGCAUUAGACAUGCGUCAAAAAUCUAUAAAUAACUAUAUGACUGCUAUCAUGUGACUGAAGCCCGAUAAAGCCACAACACAGUGACUUGACGGAUAGAAAAGAUAUUACGCGCUACAGAAUGACAAAGUGCAGCUUUGGAAAGUGUAAGCGAAACCCGACCGUGAAAACCGAAGAUGGGCGGAGACCAGGCCGGUAUCUAUGCGGGUGUCUGGCUAACGUCGUCAUCAUCAUCCUCGUGGCCUUCGGGGUCGCUGCAUUCAAUCUGAGAAGCUACACAAGCUCUUCGGAUUUCUACAACUUUCACAAAGGAGACCAGAUCUCCAUCAAGGAAACGGAAGCAGACGACUUUUCCACCAUCUUGUGCAAGAAGUAUCGCGUUGAGCCGUGGACGAAAGCGAACGUCUAUCUACUCCACUCCAAGGCCAAGGUGGACAAACACCACAAGAAGGAGGUAAGGAAGCAGCUGGCGCACGGCACCUUCAACGCAGACAACAGCUACAACUACGACGGCUUUUACCUCCUGAAGCAUUCGGAGAUUUUCGUGAAUGCUUGCCGGAUUACAAGUGAGCUCCCGGAUAUGGAUGUGGAGAUGAACGUCAUGCUGUUCAAAGGGAGAGAAUCGUGGAAGACUUGGCAGGAGGACCAAGAAUGCAGAGACUGUCCGAUCAUGACUCUGACCCUCACCGACAGAGACACGUGCAGCGUUGGCAGCGGCGGCGUCGGCAGCAGAACCAUGAAAUACAAAGUCCACCACACCGGCAGCUACUACGUGGCCGUCGCCCGGAAAUACAAGCGUGACCUCCACAAACCGGUCAGUCUGAACGUGGACGUUCUGGUGGAGCGUACCACUUACAAACUGGACCGCAUCAAGGAGUUCUGCCCAGACACUCGUUACUGCCUGCUCAAUCUGACGUACGCUUCCAAGGAGGACGUCGUGGUAGAGAUGAACGACGACAGGUUUGCCACCGACGCCUUCUUCUCGACUCACUGCCAUCUGCGGGUGAUGUUCUGGGUGGGGAUAUUCGGCGUCCUGCCCGCGAUGCUCAUUCUCAUCGCGGUGUCGUGCUGUUGCUGUUGUAUAGCCUGCGGGAAGAGUGACGACGCCAAACCGGGAAAAGAUAAGGCGCAGCCGAUAAACUACAGCGACAAGGCUACACUCGUCAUCAACGAACAGUUGCCUGGGCAACAGCUGCCUCAGCAACAGCUACCUAGUUACGAGUCGGUCGUCAAUGACAAAUUGCAAAUCGUGUGAAAUAAAGGAGAGAUUACUGCAGUUUCACGAGAACACAUUAUAUUCCAAUUCUAACUCCAAUUCGUUUAUUUUGAGUUUAAUUAUAAAUGAAAAUGAUAAAUAUAUUUGUAACAAACUGAUGAGCCGAAUCAAACACAUUAUCAAAUAGUGGAACCUAUUCUAAAGGCAAUCGUACAUAACAAUUACUUGUCUGUACAUAAAAGGCGUCAUUUAUGACCACUCGUCUAAAAGGAUAGUGUAUAACAACCACAUGUCGACAAAGAACAUCUUAUAAAACAAACUCGUGUCUAUUAAUGACAAACAAUUAAAAAUAUAAUAAUAACGUGUUCUAAAGGACAUCGUAAAUAACGACCACCUGGCAAUAGCGGGCAGUUCAGGGUUGACUCUUGUGCAUAUUGAUAUGUCAAGGUUUAAUUUUAGUUCUUCUCGGGUGACUUUUAAAAACAGGUUCGACCGUAUUGUGCCAAAUUUAAAAAAGCUAGAGUGGUGAUGAUUUGUGUUUAUAGAUGAAAUGAAAACUGUUAUAAUGUAUAAAUAUCCUUUGCAACAAUCAAA